AUGAGCGAAGAACGCGCAACUAAGAAGGUGAAGACUUCGAAAUUUGCUGAAAGCUCUGAAGAUAUUGAAACUCCCAUUUUUGUUUCCGCAGAUAUUGAAGAUCAUGUGAUUACAACGCUUUCCAAAGAGCUUGAAGGUUUUGUAAAACACAAAACUACGGCUGCUCAAGCUCAAAAAGUGGAAAGUGGAAAGAUUAACCCAUUCACCAGCAAUGAAUUUUCUCAAAAAUACUUUGAUAUUCUGAAAGUUCGCCAAGAUUUGCCAGUACAUGCUCAACGCCAGGAAUUUCUUGAUAUCUAUCAUUCAACUCAAAUCAUGGUCUUCGUCGGUGAAACCGGUUCUGGUAAGACCACGCAAAUUCCUCAAUUUGUAGUCUAUGAUGACCUUCCGCAGGUUGAUGGGAAAAUGAUUGCCUGUACCCAGCCUCGAAGAGUUGCUGCUAUGUCUGUUGCUCAGCGUGUUGCUGAUGAAAUGGAUGUUAAGUUGGGCCAAGAGGUUGGUUAUCAAAUCCGUUUUGAAGAUUGUACUUCCUCCAAUACAAUUCUUAAAUAUAUGACUGAUGGUAUGCUGUUAAGAGAGGCUAUGACUGAUCCAGAACUUUCGCGUUAUAGUUGUGUCAUUCUCGAUGAAGCCCACGAGCGUACCCUUGCGACCGAUAUUUUGAUGGGUUUAAUCAAGACUAUUGCUGAUAAACGACCAGACUUAAAAAUUAUUGUCAUGUCUGCUACUUUGGAUGCCGAAAAAUUUCAAACAUACUUUAAUGAUGCGCCGCUGUUGGCUGUUCCUGGUAGAACUUUCCCAGUUGAAAUUUACUACACUCCUGAGUUUCAGCGUGAUUAUCUGGAAUCCUCUAUUCGCACCGUUUUACAAAUUCAUGCAACAGAAGGCGAGGGUGACAUUCUUCUGUUUUUAACAGGUGAAGAAGAAAUUGAAGAUGCAUGCAGAAAGAUAUCGUUAGAGGCUGAUGAGCUAAUACGUGAAGCUAGCUGUGGCCCUUUAGAUGUUUAUCCACUUUACGGAAGUUUACCUCCAUCACAACAACAAAAAAUCUUUAAUCCUGCACCACCUCCAUUUAAGCCUGGUGGUGCUCCUGGCAGAAAGGUCGUCAUUUCUACAAACAUUGCUGAAACAUCUCUUACUAUUGACGGUAUUGUGUAUGUUGUUGAUCCUGGUUUUUCCAAACAAAAGGUUUACAAUCCUAGAAUUCGUGUGGAGUCCCUUUUGGUGUCUCCUAUUUCCCGUGCCUCUGCUCAACAGCGUGCCGGUCGUGCUGGUCGUACUCGUCCAGGUAAAUGUUUUAGACUUUACACUGAGGAAUCCUAUAAGAAGGAACUCAACGAGCAGAGUUACCCCGAAAUCUUACGCAGUAAUCUUGCCAGUACAGUGCUUGAGCUUAAAAAGCUUGGUAUUGAUGACCUGGUCCAUUUUGACUUUAUGGAUCCUCCUGCCCCAGAAACAAUGAUGCGUGCUCUUGAAGAGCUCAAUUAUUUGGGCUGUUUAGACGAUGAAGGCCAACUUACUCCUUUGGGUCGUACUUGUUCAGAGUUUCCUGUUGAUCCCAUGCUUGCAGUUAUGUGCAUCCGGUCACCAGAGUUUUGUUGCUCUAAUGAAAUCCUUUCGCUUGCUGCUAUGCUUUCGGUUCCUAAUGUUUUUGUUAGACCUAACAAUGCUCGUCAACAGGCAGAUGAAAUGAAAGAGCUGUUUGCUCAUGAAUCCGGUGAUCAUUUGACUAUGCUGAACGUUUACAUGGCGUACAGUUCAGAAGAAGCCCAAUACAACCCUUCACAAUGGUGCUUUGAGCAUUAUUUAUCUCAGAGAUCCUUGAAAAGCGCAGACAAUGUUCGUCAGCAGCUCAAGAGAAUUAUGGAGCGCAAUGGAAUUGAGUUGGUUAGUAUCCCUUCAGAUGAUCCUGAGUUUUACACCAAUAUUCAAAAGGCCAUAACUGCUGGUUAUUUUAUGCAGGUUGCCAGCAAACCUAAUGGGAACUCACGAACUUACACCACCAUAAAAGAUAACCAAGAAGUUGGAUUACAUCCAAGCUCAACGCUAACUGCAGAUAACCGCUGGGUGGUUUAUAAUGAAUUUGUAUUGACCACCAAAAACUACAUUCGAACUGUUACCGCAAUCAAGCCGACAUGGUUAUUGGAGCUUGCACCCAAAUACUAUGAUUUGAGUACAUUCAAAGACUGCGACGCAAAAAUGUCACUGGAGCGUGCAAAGCAAAGUAUGCAAAAGAAUGAAAAGUUCAAAACCUAUAAAGGAAGAAAAAAUUAG